UCAAAAUAGAGUACAAAUCAUAAGAGUGAUACAACAGUGAUAUGAGUUCACCAGUAGAGACCGGAGAACAUGUCGAGGAGUCUCCUGGCAAGAGACGGGUUAUGGACUCACCCAUUUUUGGAACCCCAUCUAGGAAACGUGCUGGCUUGUUGACAUUGACAUCUCCAACCAAGCGUGGGGAAUCACCAAUGAAACGAGGAAUCAUCAAGUUAGAGUGGGAGGUUGAAAGUGGGCCGGGGACUCCCAGAACUCCGAACGGACGUGCAGGGCUUCGGUCGCCACAAAAGAGAAGUAUAAUGGACUUAGAUCAAAGUGCACGGAAGCGUGCAAAUCAAACUUCUUAUUCGAGAUUAAUGGAUGAAGACAAUAGUGACGAUGACCAGGAUGCAUUGGAUAGACAAGACCAGAGUUUAGCAGAGGCUAUUAUUCGACAAUCUAGAGGUGCUCAAUCAACAGAAGAAGAUCACUCAAGAGCGUAUGGAAGCGAUGUAGAACUGGAAUUGGAUUUGACAGUGAAGAAACGAGGACGACCAAAAAAGGGUGAACAACAAAAGCCAGUAGUGAUAGAACCAAUAGUGAGACCUAAAAGAAAUGUUAGGAAUAAGAAGGUUGUAAUUAGUGACGAUGAUGAAGCUGGUCUAAUCUCCCUGGAUGAUAGUGCAGAGGAAAUGGAGUUUUCAUCUGAUGAAGAGUAUAUCAAACCCAAACGUCAACGCCAGGCUAAAUCGGCAACUGCAACCCCAAAAUCAUCGCCACGGAAACCACGACGCACAGAAAAUGGCUCCCCAAUGCUGUCGCCAUUCAUAGGGGAAUCACCCAAGAGGAAGGUUGGAAGACCAAGUAAAGCGAACGAAGUCAUUGCGAAGAUCAAGAGUAUUUUCCAGCAAGAUGACGAAGAAUUCUUCACUGAAAAUAAACGAACUACCAAUUCUACAAAGAAAAAGGUUGAAACUGCACCGGAAAACAAACCAGAUGAUUUUGAUAUAUAUACUCUUGGCUCGAUAACCAACGGGGGGUACAUUCCUAUUAUAAGUGGAGUUCAAACUGAAACUGUCCCUGAACCUACACAUAUCCCCACUAAAUUUGAGCCUAUGCCAAUUCCAAAACUUAAUGAAGAUGGAACAAUCCAAGAUAAAGAAUUCAUAACAAAAUAUCUCACCACGAACUCUUCCUCAAUACAAUCGCUGGCCAUUUUGACUGAUGAUGGGGCAAUUUUCUUAGAAGGAACUGAAGGAUAUUUUGAGCAACACUCUGUGCGAGCCAAGCCAAGUGGUCAUUCGCUUUCUCAAUUAGCUCCCACUGUGGAAUAUCUGGACUAUAUCCCAUACAUUCAAAUGGGUCUGUUGUUCAAACACCAAGAAAAGCGAUUGCUACACAAGAUGCACAGUAGGUUCUAUCAUCAAUGGUGUUUUGAGAUGUCACAGGGGUUCAACUUGAACUUUUAUGGGGUAGGGUCCAAACGUCUUGUGAUGCUCGACUUCUUGGAGAAUUAUUUCUUUCAAUGGUAUCAUGAACAUUGGAGCAAAACAGAAACCCCACAAGUUCUUGUUGUAAAUGGAUACAAUCCUUCCGUUAAAUUUAAGCAAAUUGUAGGUGAUAUUGUUUCAGUAUUUAUACCACAAGAUAAGAGAAAGAAGGAUAAUAUUCUGUUCCCCAAGCAUGUACUGGAAACAGUACCAUUUCUUGUCAAGUACAUCGAUAAUUGUCGUGCAAAGAAUUCACGACGUAUAUUUCCGAAAGUGGUGCUAGCAAUACAUAGUAUAGAUGGUACCAGUAUUCGCGAUGAAAAGACUCAAUCACUUCUUUCCCAACUAUGUCUGAUUCCAGAAAUUUGGCUUUUAUCUUCAUCAGACAAUAUCAACGUUUCACUACUCUGGGAUCUUCAUAAAUUGAAAAACUUUAACUUCGUGUUCCAUGACCUUACAACCUAUGAUAACUUUAGCACAGAAGUAUCGUUCAAGGAUAUUUUGAAUAUGGGUAGGUCUACUAAAUUCAAUGGUAAUAAGGGUGCUAAAUAUGUUUUGAGUUCUUUGACCAAAAAUGCCAAGAACUUGUACCGUACUUUACUUGAGAAGCAAUUAGCAGUGAUGCGUGACAAUUAUAGUGGGUCUUCUGCCGCCAGAACGAGUAUCAAGAGUUCUAUAAAGUUUGGAAUUGAGUUUAAACAGUUUUACACGGCAUGUCUAGAAGAGUUCAUUACAUCGAAUGAAAUCAAUUUCCGGACAAUGCUUGGUGAGUUCAUGGAGCAUAAGAUGUGUAGUUUGGUGAAGGACGAUUCUGGAACAGAAAUUCUCUUUGUUCCGUUUACAUAUGGUGAAAUGGAGAAGCUUAUGGGAGAGGAAUUUUGAGGUACGGGGGAUAGGCAUUGAUCUUGGCACUAGGAGUGGUACCUCAUGAAUUGGCAGAAGAUACCAGAAGUUGAU